CUUUAAAAUAAAUAGUUGGUUUGGCAAAUAUGGUGUUUUUUCUCUGGAUUGUUUUAACUAUCGUUUUAUUAAUUUUGACUUUUAAGUAUUAUUUUGGAACGACAAGAUGGUGUAAAAGUAAAGUAAAGUUAAAUGGAAAAACUGUUCUAAUCACAGGUGGUAAUAUUGGUAUAGGGAAAGCUACUGCCAUUGAUUUAGCAAACCGAGGAGCAAGAGUGAUUAUAGCCAGCAGAAAUAAGGAAAAUGCAAUCCAAACUAUUAAAGAGAUAUACGAAAAAAACGGAAAUGAUAAUGUACGUUUCAUGUACUUAGAUCUAAUGGAUCUGGAGGUUGUCAGACAAUUCGCAGAACAAUUUUUAAAAGAAGAAAAAAGACUUGACAUCCUCAUUAAUAAUUCAGGUAUUGCAGGAUGGGCCUAUAAAACAAUAGGUCCGAAGACAAAGCAGAAUUAUGAUUUAAUUUUUGGGGUUAAUCAUCUAGGACACUUCCUGUUAACGUAUCUUUUACUUGACCUUUUAAAAAAGACCCGAAAUUCACGUGUAAUAAAUGUCAGCUCACUUCGGCAUUUAUGGCGGAAAUCACCGCUUACGUAUGACAAAGGUCCAAAUAAUGAUGGUAUGAUUUAUCCGGACCUGGCUGGUUACGACACAAGCAAACUAGCUAAUGUUAUGCAUUCAAAGAUGUUGUCGAAAAUCCUUCAAGGUGCUCCUGUAACGGCAAAUUCCGUUCAUCCAGGUUUGGCUGCAACCGAUAUUUUAAUGGCACCUUUAAAAUCAGUUUUACCAGAGAAGUUGUAUUCGAUUGUUGAUCCAAUCUUCAGAUUUAUUAGUUUAGAUAGUACAGGUGGUGCACAGACAACAAUUUUUGCAGCUGUUGACGAAUCUCUGACCACUGUGACAGGAAAGCAUUUCGGCCAUUGUAGACUUGCCUGGGAAAAUAAAUUAGCGCAGGAUGAUAAAGCUUGUCAACAAUUAUGGGACUAUUCUAUGAAGAUGUGUGGUCUUACUUGAUAUUAACUGGAUAUGUACAUGUGUGUUCUUAAUUUGAAUGUCUUGAAGUAAACAAAACGAAUUAAAGUUCAUUUCGACAAAAUAUAUAGCAAAAUUCAAACAUUUUUGUAUAUUCCCAAUUUAUCCAAAUUAAAGUUGUAGUUUUUUUA